AUGGAUGAUGGAAGCCCACUGUUGAGCGCGAUGUCGACGUCCGGACUGAAUCCUCGGCGUAGAAGGCCGCCUGUUUGCAUCUAUGAGAAUUCAGCUCAACCGCUUCGGCGGCUUGGUAAUGAACCAACGUUUCAGCUGAAUUCAGCCCAGGAAUAUCACGAACCUCAAAACUCGUUUUCUGUGUGGCGAUCUUCAGCCCCAACUCAAGAGCGUACGCCACAGACUGGGUUGUCGCAACCCACAGCUACCAGCUCAAUCGCAGCUUCAACUCCAUCCAGCCACUCAUCUACUCGAGAGGUUGAGUUCCUCAGGAGCAAGAUCAGAGAACUUGAGGAGCAACUAUCCAAGGCAGCAGGAACCCCAACCCAGUCCACUGCUCCUACUCCAACCUCCGACAUUGAAACCACGACUUCUCAAUUAGCGGGCACUUUCCACGUUCAUAAUGAGAACCUCCCUUCUAACCAUGGAGAAAGCCAGGUCAUUAGCCGCACUUUUUGGCAUAAAACGCGACUGUAUGGUCAGAGUCAUUGGAUUGGGGGCAUCUCAUUGCUUCGUGAACUGGCUGAGUCAAUUGAGCCAUACCUUUUAAAAGAGGGAUCUAAAGCUGUGUCUGGCUUGCAAAAAUGUAAAUAUCUGGGCAAGAUGAUCAAAUCACAGCGUGCUCCUCAAUGGCCAGUACCAGUUACGCCAGAUCUGCCUACAAGAGAUGUUUGUGACACUCUUGUUGAUUGUUACCUCCGAACUGUGGAAAGAAUUUACCGGGUCGUGCAUAUCCCGACAUUCAGAAAAGAAUACGCAAAGAUAUGGCCGUCAGAAACCCAACCUGAUGCAAUGUUUCUGGUUCAGCUCAAGCUCGUGCUUGCUAUUGGAACGAUUACCUAUGAUGAAGAUUUCUCGCUACGUUCUUGGGCUACGCACUCGAUUUAUGAGGCUCAAACAUGGGCCUCCGAGCCAGAAUUCAAGUCCCGACUUGCCAUUCCAUUUUUGCAGAUUCAGAUCCUGCUACUAAUAGCUCGAGAACUCAUUGGCGUGGACGGAAGGAUGGUCUGGGUGUCAGCUGGAGCAUUGAUGCGAACGGCUAUGUAUAUGGGGCUGCACCGAGAUCCCGCAUGUAUACCAAAAAUGUCUAGAUAUGCGUCGGAGAUGCGCCGAAGGUUGUGGAACACCAUUCUGGAAAUAUGUCUGCAGUCCAGUAUGGAGUCCGGAGGUCUUCCACUCAUCUCUGUGGAUGACUUUGACACAGAGGCACCGGGAAACUUUGAGGACGACCAGCUUGAGAUGGAGGAUUGCACCUCUCAUCCAGAGAGCAAAUUCACCUCGGUCUCAAUAGCGAUCGCGCUCCGAAAGAUGUUUCCGAUUCGUCUUGCCAUUGCAAAGUCUCUCAACGAUGUGCGUUGCCAAAGCUCUUAUGAAGAAACGCUUCGCCUUGACGCAAAACUCAGAUCUUGUUACAAAGAGAUGUGCCGGACUCUUCGCGAGUAUAUCUCGAGAUCCGCGCAAAAUUCGCUUUCAAGAUUUGAGCUUCUUGUGCUGGACUUCAUUAUGCGUCGGUAUCUCUUGUCUAUUCAUAUCCCUUUCUUUGGCCCGUCCUUGCAUGAGACAGCCUAUGCCUUUUCUCGAAAUGUCGUCGUUGAAACUGCGCUCAAACUAUUUACCUCGGCCCACAGAUCUCAUGCUUCGCGCGCGGGAUCGUCAUUGAAUACGGACAAGUCACCUGGCGAAACUGAGUUCUCCCGGCUGGUGGUAAACGGAUCUGGUUUCUUCCGCACAGCGCCCAUGAACGCAUGUUUCCUAAUAUCAGUUGAGAUAAGAACAAGGAUAGAGGAAGAGGAGAGCUUGGAUGUCUUGAAUAUACGGCCUGACCUGCUGGCAGUAAUGCAUGACGCGAAAGCCUUGAACUUGCGAUGUAUAGAGGUUGGAGAAACAAACACCAAGGGCUACUUGUUCAUGUCUCUCGCCCUAGCACAAAUUGAUGCUCUAAGGCGAGGCGCCACGAAAGAGGAGACUCCAUUGUUACUAAUAAAAGCUGCUGAAGAUGCGGAAGAGGAUUGCUUAUCAAUUCUAGAGCAUUUUGCAGCCAAGGGUCAGAAUGAGAAAAACGGAGAUGGGCUUGAUUCUUCCUCUACAAAUCCACUUCCUGAAAUGGUAGGAGAUUGGGACUUCAUGAUGGCUGAUGAUAAUUUGGACUUUCCGGAUCUCGAACCCGUGAGCUGGAUGAUGAGUGGAAUACCAUAUGGGAUCCCCUAA